UGAUCUUCCUCCUGUGUUGAGCAUCUGUCCAUCAGUUUGCCUGAUCAUUUACAACCUGCUGACCUCAGUUUCCACACACCUGUCCGCUAACACUCUUCUGAUGUGUUAAAGCACACUUUAUUGAACAGUUUGAUGGAGAGCUGGUCGGAUGACAGCUGGAACUGUUGUCAUAACCGGAGGAAUUCUCGCCACGGUGAUACUCCUGUGUAUCAUAGCAGUGCUCUGUUACUGUAGACUCCAGUACUACUGCUGUAAGAAAAAUGGGUCUGACACCGGCUCCAUCUCUCAGCCCCACUUUGCCUGUAAUGCCUGCAGCGCUCCCAGGCUGGAGGGGGCGGCCAUCACCCCCCUCUCUCUCACACCCGAGCCCCCUCCGCCGUCCUCCGCCGCCCAGACCCCCCGCGGCUACUGCCCCACGUGCUCGCCCUACGAGUCGCCCUUCUACAUCCGCACCACCGACGAGAUGCGCAACGGGGGCGAACGCAUCACCUACAUGCCCACACACUAUGAGAACCAGGCCCUGGCACUGGCCUUGCCUCCUCUCCACGGGUCCCUGUUAAGUGCUGGUCAGUCACUGCAGCCGGUGCCGGACUUCUAUACGAACACCCGCGCCAUCAGCACUGAAGUGUGACCUUGGAGAUGAGUUUAGACUGCGCUCAUCUCUCUGAGUGUUGCUGUCUCGCCUGGAUGCACUCUUGAGGACAUGUCUACUGAGUGGUCUUGGGAGAAUCAGCUGGGUUUGGGCUUCCUGCUUGAUGCCAGUCCAGUCCCUAAAAAAAAUUGUCAACCAGCUUCCACUUAUAUUUGAGGAAAUUGAAAUAGUAUUUUUGUCUUCUAUUCAGAAGUAGGUGACACUUUAGCUAUAAUGUUUGAUGUAUUUACAAACCCAUUGAGGCUCCUGCAGCACGGAGACAAAGGGCAUUUACAGCAAGAGUCUGAAUUUUGCGUUUAAGGGACGAGACCCAUCCCCUGUCUAUGAAGGUAUAGUGUGGGUUCAGUAACCGAUUGAGGGCUACCUACUAUCACCAACAGCUACUGUUGUUAUGUCCUGUAUCUGCCAAAAGUGAAAAUAUGAAGAAAAAAAAUAAUAUUGUAUACUGUAUGAACUUCUUGAAUGUUUCAUUUUGGAAAGGAAAUUAAAACCUAAAACAUUUUUUGAGAAUGAGAGACACUGGAGAAGAAUAGAGGAACAGUCUUAGCUUUUUUCACUGAUUGACACCAGUAGAGAGACUCUGACUAUAGAUCUUUCUCUAUGCAAGUUGUAGCACUUCUACCACCUGAGACAGGUGUGAAGAGAGGCCAAACCACGCAGCUGUCCAUCUUCUCAAUGUUUAUCUUUCAAUGUUUGUUUUUUGAUUAUGUAACUGAAACUCUUUUAUUGUAGUGCAUACCACUGUACCCAGAGUAUUUUGGGGGAAACUAGAAAAUUACUCCGUACAAAGACUACUUGGACUUCAUAUUUUACAACAAUUAUGAAAUUAUGAAGAUACAGUAAAACUGGUAAGUAUGUCCUCCAUACAGUGUGUAAUCAAGUGAACUAGCAGUAUUUUUCAAGCUUCAAAAUACUUACACUAAGGUCUUACUGAAGUUGUAUUUCUCUUUAUUGAUGCAAAAGGUGAGAUAUGUACAGUAUAUUAGCAAAUCAGCAGUGGAUGCAUAUUUGUCCCUGGAUGAGCUGACUUUACAUAUUUAUUCGGGAUAGGUUUUUAAAAUGAAGAAUGCAGUUUCUUGUAAGUCUUGUAUGAUCUAGAUGUAGUUUGUGCCAUUUUGUCUCUGCACUCUCCCAAAUGGUUGAGCCUGUGAACUGUACAUUAAUGUCAUUCCUUUCCAUGUUUAAGGUGUUUGUUUUGACAUGUUAACAACUUGAAAUACAAUAUUUAAGAAAUUAGAAUAUGUCAUUAUUAGUCUGUCACUUUACAUCGCUCACUUUUAACGAAUAUUAGAAAACUUUGCUUGCAUUGUAUUAUUUCAAUUUGCCCCUUUUUAUAUUGUGUAAAAAUCGAUUUUAAAGUGAGAUUGUUUGAAUCAGCAAAGCAAAAAAUAAAC